CUGCCUGGGAUGGGGUGCUCACAAGGAUGUCCCUUCGCACCGAAGUGGCGUUCUGCCUCCAGAAGUGCCUUGGACUUCCUGUUGUGUACUGGGCGGCUCCGCGCAGUCACAGCAAUGCAGAGAGGUGCAGGAUGCUGCUUCGUUCACAGCUGGUGCUGCGGGAGGGGUGUGUCAUUCAUUCUGCAGGCUCAGAGGCCCAUGGGGCUGGGUAGGCUCAGCAUUGCUCCUUCAGGUUGGGUGAAUUAGAAAGCACACGUGCACGCACACAGAAAUGAAAGGAGGGAAAUAGAAGAGGAAAGGGAGAGGUGCUGUUGUGCUGGACUUGCCUGGAUUUUUCAGUUUUCCUGCAGUAAGCACCGGAGCCACUCCACACCUGUGAAGAUCGCAGCGUUUGGGCAGCCUUUUGCACGCUGCUCUUCCCAAGCAGCAGUCACUGUUUUAUCAUCAUUCCAUUUGCUGUAGUUAUUUCGCGUGGCUGCAGCCCAUGGUGCAGCCGCCCCCCUCCCCAGGGGAUGCCAGUUUUGGGAUGGAGAGUUUGGUUUAGAGGAAUGAAGCCCCCCCCUGCCAUCCUCACAGCCCUCUGGUGCAGUGUGCUCCCUUCUCUUGUUAGGGAUCCCAGUUUUAAGGUUCAGAAACCUUUCCCAGUGCAGCUCCCAGGCUGCAACCCCACCCAAUGGGUCUGGUCACAGAAUCAUGGAAUGGCUUUGGGGUGGAAGGGAUGGCCACAUGCUGGCACCUGUCUCAGUGCCUCUCUGCUGUUGGAGUGGUGCAAAGAAGCUUUAAGGGCAGGUUGAUCAGAAGUUGCUCCAAGCAAAUGUAAAGGUUACUCGCUCAUUAUAUUCCCCUGAUGCUGUGCGAUAGAUAAUCCGUGGCCUGCAGCUGGUGGGCAAGCUUGUCACGAGCCCCCAGCACCCCAAACACGGGCUGUUAUUUACAUCCCAUUGAAGAUGUAGGUCACACAGUGUGCUUUUCUUUUUCCUGAUCGGCUGAGCAUAAAAGGCAGAAUCCAAUUUCCAGUGGAAACAGACCUGAUUACAAAUUCAAAUUUUUAUUUCUCUGAGCAGUUUUGCAAUGUUCGCAUUGUAAUUUGCUGUUUCCAUAAAUAUUAGAGGUUGGUUUGCUGGGAUAUUCAUCCGGAGCAGAUGCAAGAGAGCUACAAGCAGAGGCUCAGGGAGGGAAUGAAGCCUGUGGGUGGCUGUCAGUAGAAAGUGGGGUUCUUCAGGCUGGUGAAGUGGAGGCUCAGGGGAGGCAUUAUGGCUCUCUGCAACUCCCUGAAAGGAGGUUGUGGUGAAGUGGGGUUUGACCUCUCCUCCCAUGUAACAGCCAUAGGAUGAGAGGUGAUGGCCUCAAGUUGUACCAGGGGAGGUUCAGGUUGGAUGUUAGGAAACAUUUAUUCUCUGGAGGAGUGGUGAGGCGUUGGCAUAGGCUGCCCGGGGAGGUGGUGGGGUCACCGUCCCUGGAGGUGUUCAAGAACAGUGGAGAUGUGGCAACGUGGCACGUGGUCAGUGGGCAUGGGUCAGUGGUUGGACCGGGGAUUCUAGCAGUCCUUUCCCACCUUAAUGAUCCUAUGAGCGCGGGUUUGUUGCACAUGGCCACCCUCCCCUCCUGCCCUCUUUGCCAACGUGCGUGCAGAAGCAGCCAUGCAUUUUUAAUGCCCCUGUGCUGUGCCGUAGCAUCCUGCUGUGGCUGACGGCUCUUUGGUUAUGCAGAGAGCUCGCGUUCAUCCUUUCGGGCUGAAAUCAUUCGAAUCAGGGGACAAGGAGAGAACUUUCCCACCCAAAAGGGAAAUGAUGUUGCGUUACUGAGCGGCCAGCCCAAGUUAUAAUAUAAUCUUAGAAAAAUGCAGUUCCCCCGAGUAAAAGAAGCUCUGUAAACUUCAGCUCCUCCAGGCUGCCCGCGGAGCUGUUGCCUGCAUUGUAGAAGUGCUGCUUGCAACGAGGACCUGUGCUAGGGUCGGAGUGGUGAGGUCUGUAAUGCAGGGGUUAGGAUGCUGGGUCCCAUCCCUUCCCUGCUGUUAGCUUUUUCUUGGCGGGCCCACCCUGAAGAGGUGGCAGCUGGAGCAAGGUGAAACACCCGCAGGGUUUUGUUGGUGGAGAUGCUGGGGUCAGAAUUCCACCCGUGUGAAAGUGGGGCAGAAGAUAGUUUGUUCUUAGGGCUGUCAGCGUUUAGGCGGAGAGAAAGAGAUGAUAAACCCGUAUAAAAUUCACAAGGAAUAGAAAUAUCUUUUAUUCGGUGAGCUAAAUGCACAAGCCAACCCAUCCUCCGUGGUGCUGGUGUCCACAUCCAGUCCCGCUGUGGCUCUGGAUGAAAGCAUUUGGCAUCGUCUGUCCUCCAUGCAGGAAGGGCUCUUGGAGGGGGGCUUAGGUGUACAAAUACCCUGCUCUGUCCCAGUGCUGAGUCCUUUGCUAGCUGGUUUUGCAGCUGGUGCUGCGAACGUCUCCCCUGCUGCUGUCAGCACCUCGGCUGUGGGUGAUGCUGCACGGGUGCCAGAAAUCUGCACUGAGAGCUGCAGAAGGUUUGGCUUUCUGUCCCCAAAGGCCCAGCUAGCCCCUGGGGCUGUCGUUAACCAAGGGAGAAAGGAGCUCAUGGCUGUGAAGGCAGUAGGGAAAUGCCCUUUUUUGACUCGACGCUGAUUUAGCUGGGGAGGGACUGAAGAGUGUUUCCCUGCAUGUCCCCGAGGAUGUGGGGCAGCUGCCGUCACACCCCCAUGGAAUCACAUGCACCUUUGGGACAUCUGUCACCGUGUUUUUCUGCGUGCUUCAGGCAUCAUUUUCAUUUCCACCGCUACGAGGUUCUCUCUGGGAUCUCCAGACUGCAGAGGAAACCGUGCAGGGAUUUGGGGUACGGCAGACAGCCACCCGUGGACCCACGGUAGCAAAGGAGGGCUUCGUUUUGCUGCCGUGUUUGCUCAGAAGCUUUCACAGCACCCAACCUCUGCAGCCACGGGAGGAACUUGGGGGCUGCACAGCACAAUCAGCCGCGUCACCGCCUGUCAGGACGCUGCCGGUAACACCCUUCCUCCGGUGGAAAAUCUCUGAAGCCCCGAGGAGCGGUGCGAAACGUCACGCUGUGCUGGGGCUGGGGUGAAUGGUGUGGGGUUGGGGUGGUGGUGGCACAUUGCUGCAGCCCAGCCGGGCUGGUGGGGGGCGGAACAGCUCUUCUGGGGUGCGUGUGAGUUGGAGUUUGGGUGUUGGAAGGGUUUGGGCUUAGGCUCUGUAAAAGCACAAGGUGGGGCUCGGCAGGGAGCUGAAGCCAUCUCCCCUUGCAGGAUCACCCAAAAGGUGAUUAUCUACCGCAUUUUCAGCCGUUUACUCUGGGGAGGGGUUUCUCAGCAUCUCUGAACAGUGGUUUGGCUGCGUCUGUGCCAUUAUCGGUAAGAGAACACUUUCUUAUCAGGGAAACCAUAGCAGCUGGUAGCUAAAGCUUCUGGGAAGAAAGACAUACAAGUGCCGGCCAGGUUUGUCCCCGCAUAGCUGCGAGAUCUCCCGAGCUGACAAGUGGAGGUGGUUUAGGAGGUAACACAAAAGGGAGGAAUGCACUGAGCUAUGCCAAGCGCCGCCAUGCGAAUGCAGGGCCAGGAGUGCAAACCUUGGCAAACAAACCGCGUGGUUCGCUAUCCCUGCGAUCAAGGGCUGCAAUUGUGGAGCACAGUCCUGCUCUUGUAACUCAUCCUUUAUCUCGGGCUGGAGCUGGGCACAAUUGUCUCUGUGUCUGGGGGACAAGGAGCGGGGUUUCGGUGACUGCGGCUCACAAAGGCGUCCUUAGAGAGCUCCUCACCCCUGGUACGGGCCUGGGAGAGCUCAAAGGAAAGAACAUUCAUCAUUGUUGGAUUUGGGUUCGGUUACAGGACUAAUGUUAAUUCUUUCGGGGACGUUAUCGGCUCUUUCAGCAGAUGCAGAAUGGGGCAGCGGGGUGAAAGCGGCAGCCAGCCCUGCAGAUAAAAGCCCUUUGAAAGGGACGUUUCUUAGGAGGGAAACUUGAUCGGGGCACAGUCACUGUGAAGGUGUUUUCAGAGAGGUGCAUAGGGGCAGCCCCACAGGUCUUUCUUUGCAGCCCCAUACCGGGGCCGUGGGCAAACCAGCCCUCACCACCUACAGGGCUUGGCUGCUGUGCAGGCCCCAAAACAGGGAAUCCAUGGGUCUCAAUGGGAGCACAGAGAUGGUGGGCAAAGCCGUGGCCUGGAGCUCCCAGCUCAGUGACCUGGGGACCUUCCCCCCCUCCAGUCCCCUCAGCUCCCAGGUUGGCCGUGUGCUCCUGACCCAUUCCUAUGCAAUGAGUGAAUGUGUUCCUCCCCUCCCAGUGCAAUGCUGCUUAGAAAACCCAUCCAAAAACCAAAAAAAACCCAGCACAAUCUUAUUUAAGCCCUAAUAUGACACCAAACCCUGGUUCCGUGCUGUCCACUCCACUCGUGCCACUGUGAUGGCUCUGGUUUAAACCAAGCUCUGUGGAUGCUGCUUUCGCCCCACCCUGGGCACAGCCCAUGUGCUGGUAGAAGGGCUCACAGGGCUCCUACCCCCAUUCCAUCCCAAACCGAGCGGCCCCGCUGGCAUCCAGGCCAGCCCGCCAACACCAGUGGUUGGUUCUUCUUCCUUGCAAGCUCUGCUUAAUUCAAAUCCAAGGCACUGAGCUUAUGCUGGGAGUAAAUAAGCUGCGUUCGGUGACUUCUGUUACACGUGAGGUCAGGCAGAAUGAGCUAAUGCUCCCUCCUGGCCCUGAACGGAGUGCAAGGCUCAGAAAGCAAAGCGGAGUCCCGCAACAUGUGGGCUGCUCUCACCCCACCUCGGCGCAGCCCCUCUGCCCCAGAGGACACACGGACGCAUGUGGGGCAGCUGCUGGGAGCUGGGUGCUGCCUGGAGGCUGUGCGUCCUCGUUAGCAUUCAAUGGGUAAUUAAUCUGGCCUCGCUAGCAGUAGGGCCACCUUCCCCUGAACUAUUGUCCUCACGAGCCCUGGGUGAGAUUCAUAACAAUCGCAAACCCUGCAGGCAAACUCCAUGCUUCCAUUAAUUCCUUAUUUGUGUGAGGAAGGGCUGUCUUACAAGUGAACUUGUGAGCCCAUAAAAGCCAGCAGCAGCCUUGUCUUGCACUCCCAACUCUCAUUCCACCUCCCCUCACCAGCGCUGUGCACUCAUGGAGCUGCCGUAGCUAUUUUCUUUCAUUUUUUUUUUCCUUUUUUUCCCCCAAUUUUUUUUGUUCUUUUUGCAGCCAGGAUGUUUUUUCUUGCCUUUUUAUUGUUCCAGUGACCUAGCAACUGCACUGCAGUGGAGCCCCGCCAGCAGACUUCCUCCCUGUGCCGUCUGACGGUCUCCAGCAGCACUGUCCUCAGAUGGGAGCAAACGCUGCAGCGACGUCAGGUCGCGUACGGCUCUGCCCACACUGCUGGCUUUGCUCAGGAACGCUCCAGGGGGACCUUAAAUCCCUGGAAAGAGGAGCGAGGAGUGCUGCGAGGGUGACUUUUCCUGGUGCAUUGCUGUCAGGGAGCAGCCUGGAGGAUUUAAAGAGGGAAUGAGGUGUCUGCCAGCUGCGUGCUUCUGGCUCCAGGGGGUUUUGCUGGAGUUUCUGUGUGGGUAUGGGGAGCUUGCUAGAAAUAGAUUUGUAUUUGAAAGCGUUUUCCAAAGGCUCGACUGUAAAACGGGGCUUUUUAAAAUUCAGUUGCCAAAAGCCGUGUGGAAGCCACAGCUGAUGACUAGAGAGAGGCUCGGGGUGCCGCUCCAACUGUGGGUCGGUGAUGUCCACCACUGUGGUUCCCAGAGACCUGUGCGUUAAGCCCAGAUCGUCCAGGUAGAUGAGCAGAAGGUGCAGGUUCCUGGGCUGGAGCUGGGACCUGGGUGGCGGUGGCACUGUUUGGAGCGCUGUUUGGAACACCAAAUGGAGUGGCUGGAAAGCCCUGGGUAAGCAGGACAGCAUCCUGUCCUCGCGGCGUGGGCUUUGUCCCUGGCCUUUGGAGGCGGCCCCUGGUUUGUGAGUGCUCUUUAUUUCCAAGUACCCUUGGAGGGUACUGCUUUUAAAAGGAAUUACUGAAGUUUUUGCUUUUCUUACGGUAGCUCUGAGCGCGGGGCUCUGGACUCAUAAGCACAGAGUUAUCAGAAAGGGUAGGAAGCAAACCCAGCCCUUAUCAUCCUCGGUGGUUGUGCAGCCCCAGGGCGGGAGUGCAGCCUGAGCGCAGCCCCAGGGCAUCUGUCCCCAUAGCAGCAUGGACAGAUGGCCACCAGCAGACAGAUGGCCACCGGCAUCCCAGCUGCUGCCGCCCACGUUGGGGGCCUCGAAACCCACGGGGUCUGUGGCUGGAGUGAAGCCCCGGCUGCGAUGCGUUGGAGCAGUUGGUGGCCGGAGAAAUCCUUCCUCCUUAUUCCUCACCGUGGAGGGGGAAAGCGACCGCCACGCUGAAAGAAUUACGAAAAGGGUUAAGCGCGUGUGGUGAAAAACCUCUUGCAUUCUUCCCGUGCUUAGUGCACACGAGGGACCUGCUUGAAGCAACAUUAUCGGCGUGUUUACGCUGAGCUGACCGGCCUCGAGCAUGAACAUUUUUUUAAGCUCCGGUUUUCCUCCUCCCCCCACUCCUCGAGCUGCUCCUCUCAGGGCAAGAACAAGGAAGGAAAUUGAAAAUCCCAGCGCGCCCUGGAAGGUCCAGAUUUAGGGCUGCAGCUUUUGUUCGCACAACCCCGCUUGGCUCCUAAGUGGCCUCCGCCCAUGAUCCCGACAUCCGCAGCCGCGCUCCCCACGCAGCGCCGUGCCCCCGCUCCUCCUCCUCCUGCCGAGCCCGCGCUCCUUCCUCGGCUUUGCCUCCCGCCAGCCGGGAGUUUUCUAAGUUUAGAUGACUUUUUCCCCACCCCGAGCCUCGGGUGAUGCUGAGAUUAUGCAACUCCGCAGAUGUGGGCUCUGCACUUGCAGCCACGUUGCCGCCGGAGGAGGCUGCGUUGCGUUGCGUUCAGCUCGGUGCGGGAUGGACCCAAGGAUGGCUGUGAGAUGUUGCAGUGCUGUGGUUUUCGGUGUUGUGCUGUCUGUCCCAUGGCUGAGGACACAGCCAGGGCCGAGCCUUCACCACCUGUCCCUGCAUAGAAUCAUGGAUGUGAGCCAACGGCGUGCCCUGAAAGCCAACCGUGUCCUGGGCUGCAUCAAAAGGACAUCGACAGCAGCCAUCAGAUGAGGAGAAGCCUGGAUGUGGCCAUGAGGACCUCCAGCUCUCUCGUGGGGGACGUGGAGCUCACCUCGGUGCUGCCUGGCACCAGGCAAGGGGCAGAGCACACUGUUCCGCCUCCCAGCACCAGGACUUUCUCCCUGCAACAAGGGGGAUGCACGAGGAGCAGCCCCCCUGGCCCCGGCCCACCUCCUGCUGCUGGAAGCCAGGCAAGAGGCAGGAGGGCACUGGCUUCUCCUGGUUACCCUGUGGACACAGACAGGACAUUGACACCAGGACCAGCUCUGUCCUCAUCCCCAGCACCACAGGCCCAAAGUGUGCUCCCCAGCACCCCUGUGCCCAGCUCCCCGGGUCAGCCCCCCUCCUCUCCCCAUGCUCCCAGCACCCAGACUGGUGCAAGAGGCACCACGCUGCAUCCUGAGGAUGCUGCACGGAGUGCCACAAGCCCUGAGCUCACAGGAUCACCCACCUCCAAAAACGCUUCCAGAGCCACUGGAAGCAGCUACCAACCAUCCGAUGGCUCAUCACUGGAGAAGAGAAUUUGGGGUUUCCACGCCACCAGUGACUCCAUGUCCACCACAGCCACCAGAAGCACUGGGAGGAUGUUGCAGUCUCUGCCUGCCAGCACCACCCUGGUUCAUCUGGCAGACAUUUCCACCUCUGGUGCCAAAACCAUUGACCCUCCAGACCGGACCCUGUCUCCUGGGACACCUUUGGGAGCAGGGGCCACCGUGUCCUCCGCAGACCUGCUGCUUGCUGAUGCGGGCAGUGCUUCCACGCCCUCUCACGGCAGUCAAGAGCCCAGGAGCAUCCCAACUGCUGGAGAGGUGAUGCUGCACUCAGACGUGUCCACUGCGCUCAACAACAUGACAAUGGGGACACUGGGUUCCUCUCCGAGCUCUGCCACCAGCCCUGACCCCACCAGCAUUUCAGGGGACACUUUGUCCUCCUCGGGAGCUGGGACACAUGGAGCUGGCAGCUGGCAGGGAGACCUCAUUACACAUCCCCGAGAACCUUUGCUUGCCAGCUCGCACUCUGCCUUUGGACGUACAUUUGCAGGUGUCAGAAGCAGCCACCAGCCAACUGACAUGUCAACAAUAGAGGAAGAAACCUCAGCGUCCUCUGCCACCAGUGCUUACAUUUCAGCCACAGCCACUGGCAGCGGGGGGAGACCUCUGAGGUCUGCCACAGACAGCAGUGGAUGGGCAGCAGAAGUCUCUUCUUCCAGCAGUGGUGUGACCGGGACCUCAGGCACUGUCAGAUCAUCACCUGCCUCUUCUGCAAGAGAGACCCACGGAGUGCCUGUAUCCAGGGAAACCACAGCUUCCAGCCAGCCUGAAGCAGAGCCUUCACUGCUGCUCUCUCCCUCUCCUGCAGAAGGCCCUUCCAUAGCUUCCAGAAGCAGCCACGUGCCAUUUAACACCCUGGCCACAGAGAAGAGAACUGAUUUCCACACCACCAGCGGCUCCAUGUCCGCCACAGCCACCAGAAGCACAGGGAGGACGUUGCGGUCUCUGCCUGCCAGCACCACCCUGAUCCAUCCGGCAGAGAUUUUCACUUCUGGUGCCAAAACCAUUGACCCUCCAGACUGGACCCUGUCUCCUGGGCAGCCUUUGGGAGCAGGGGCUGAUGGUGGCACAGGGGCCACUGCAUCCUCCCCGGGGUCACUGCUUGCCAGUUCAAGCAGUGCUUACACAGCCGAAGGGGCUACAACCUCAGCCAGGGGAGGAAGCCUGCCCGACACUUCUGUCACCAGCACACCCAGCUCAGUGAUGGCCACCAGCAGUGGGAACAUGACCACAGAGCCCGUGGUAGACACCAGUGCAGGCAGCUCUGCUCCGGCUCCAUCUGGCACCAGCUCCCUGGAUGUGGUCCUUCUGCUGUCUUCUGUGACAGAGCCAGGCAGGCAGGGAGGUGUCUCACAGCGUGAUGCUGGCCUCAGUGAGCUUCCAACGAAGCCGCUGCCCGUGUUUCCUCCUGGUGUUUCAGUGCCUUCAUCCUCACCAAGUUCUUCAGUUCCAGCGGGAGGACAACAGGUUUCUGGUGGUCCUACUGAGACUCCGUACGUUCUGACCAUGCUCUCCACCCAUAAGGAGAGGACAUCUCAGGAUGCAGCUAACCAUGGCACAUGGAGUGUGGCAGUGGGAAGCCCCACAUCUCACCCAGACAUGGCCAGGGAGCUCCACUCCAGUUCCAUCCCAUCCUCUCCAGCAUGGCCUGGAGGCAGACACGUCUCAUCCAGCCAUACAGCAUACACGGAGCCUGAGGUCACCUUUUUAUCCAGGGUGUUCACCUACUUCUCGGCCGCUGCUGAACCUUCCACUGUGGGAAGCAGCUAUCACUCGCUAAGCAGCUCAAGUAGGGAGGAAGGGAUUUCCAGCCCCCACACCGAUCCCACAUACGGUUCAGCCACAUUGGCUGGUGGUAGAGAAGGGACACCGGUGACAAUCAGCGUGCUGACCCAUAGCACAGAGAGCUCUGCUUCCUACACCGAGACCACCAGUGCUUCAGAGCCAACUCGGCUGGUGUCAGUGGAGCAGAGUGGGAUGGCCAACACCUCGGUUGGCAGCAAAGACCUCGCAACAGAGAUGCUCUUCACCCAUUCUUCCAAGCUACUCACUGAUUCGUCUUUCCAAAAUGAUCUCACAAGCUUUCCUAGUAGCCAUCAGCCAGUCAGCAGCAUUGAUGCAGAGAAAAGGACCUCAGUUUCUCAUACGGAUGGCACAUACAUUUCAACCAUAUACACCAGAGGAGGAGAAAGAACACUCCUGUCUAUCUCGAACAGCAGCACCUCUGCUGACUCCUCUGAAAGUUCCACAUUUUUUUCAGAAAUUUCCAACCCUUCUGAUUCAUCGAAAUCACCUGUGGCACAGGACAGGAAGAACAAUGUAUCCGGUGAUGGGAGUUUUGUUCAACCAUCUACAGAGCCAUUGCUGGUGCACUCUUCCAAACCAUUGACUUCUGCUUCUGUAGGCAGUGUACAAAAUACAACUGUCUUUGACACUGACUCCAGGUUGUUGCCCACUGGCAGAUCAUCUCUGUCUUCAUCAGUAUCUCCACGUUAUUCCUCAGUGUCAUCACUGCAUCACUCACUCUCAUCAACACCAACACCAACUUACCUGUACGCAACAUCAGAGUCAUCCGAGCCACUCUCUUCCUCUGUGAUGGCAUCUUCAACCCCUCUGCAGGCUUUGUCAUCCUCUUUGCCCACUUCCUCAUUGGCUUCCCCAUCUUAUUCUUCAGUAUCUUUAUUGCCUCCCUUUUCAUCACCGUCAUCUGUCUCACAAUCCGGUGACAGUGGCCCAGCAAGCACCCCCACAGCUACAACUGUAUCCAGGCGGGUGCCCUCCACAGCUGCAGUGGCUGGCAGCUCAUCCCGAGAGACCACCAAGCACAGUGGCACACACCAGCCCCAAAACAACACCUCCUUCAACAUGACCAGGUCUUCCCCUCUCCCCACGGAGCCCAUGGAGCAUCUCAGUGGCCGUGUUGUGUCCAUGUCUGCUGCCACACCUGUAACAGAAACCAUGUCACCAAGGGGUGCUACCUCCCAGUGGGGUAGCUCUGGGAAGGCAACACCACCACCUCUGCUCAUCACAGCCAGUGAUGCCCCACAGACUGAGCCCACAGAUGUGCCCCUCAGUACCUUGACAAGCACAACAAGCCGCAGCGUCAUUGUCCCUGCAGUGGCACUGACCACAGUGAAACCUAUUGUACUGACAACGCCAUCCAGCCGCCAGCCAACGCUGAGUGAUGCUAGCACCACAACAACCCACAGAGCUCCAACACCCACUACCACUAAACACAUUUAUACUACCGGUGAAAGCACAAAAUCUGUGGAUCCCACCACUACAAUACCUAGUAAGGUCACCAAGGAAAUCAUCCCUGCUACGAGUCCUCCUCCUGUAGUCCGUCCAACAAGCAAGACCACUGUGAGCACACCUACGUCGACUUCUACCAAACCAACCACCAUCCUGCCAUCGAGUAGCACAGCUGGCAUGAGAUCAACGUCUGCAGCAGCAGAUGUUGAUAAAUGCCUUUCCAACCCUUGUCCUGCACUGGCCACCUGCAACAACACCCGUGGCUCCUAUGUCUGUCAGUGCCCUCUUGGAUAUGAGAUGGAAAAAGGAAAGUGCAAUUUAGUAAGAAUAUUUAUUGGUCAGGUCCCCCUGAAAAUUAACGUCACCCAUGGGAAGUAUGCAGAUCUCCUGCAAGUGGAGCGUGAAAUCCUGGCAAUGCUGAAUGCCUCUCUGUCGGGCUUGCCUGGGUACUACCACUCCACAGUCAAAGCCACCAGGGAGGCAAAUGUUGUGCAUGUUUCAGUGCAAUCCACGUUCUCUUUAGCAUCCAACGUGACUUUCUACGAUGUUGUUGGCACCGUGAAAAGCUACAUUCGGGCUUGCAAAUCUCCCCCUGACCCCUGCCAGUUCAUCUCCAGCCUGAAACCACUCCACAGAGUUGGCAGCUUGUGCAAGCAGAAGGACCCCGAAUGUGACAAGGAGACCUCUGAGUGCACCGACUUCGAUGGGGUUGCGCUCUGCCAGUGCAAAAGUGGGUACUUCAAGUACAAUAAGAUGGACCAUUCCUGCAGAGCCUGCGAAGAUGGAUACAAGCUGGAAAAUGAGACCUGUGUGAGCUGCCCAUUUGGCUUAGGGGGAUUCAACUGUGGGAACCCAUAUCAACUCAUUACGGUGGUGAUUGCGGCCGCAGGAGGAGGAUUGCUGCUUAUCAUGGGCAUAGCGCUGAUAGUCACCUGCUGCCGGAAGAAUAAAAAUGACAUAAGUAAGCUUAUUUUCAAGAGUGGGGAUUUCCAGAUGUCACCAUAUGCCGAGUAUCCCAAGAACCCCCGAGCACAAGAGUGGGGCAGAGAGACCAUUGAGAUGCAGGAGAACGGAAGCACCAAGAACUUGUUGCAGAUGACAGAUGUGUAUUACUCGCCAACAGGACUGAGAAAUCCAGAACUGGAAAGAAACGGACUUUAUCCUCCCUACACUGGUUUGCCUGGAUCUCGACAUUCAUGCAUCUACCCCGGACAAUACAAUCCAUCCUUCAUUAGUGACGAAGCCAGAAGAAGAGACUAUUUUUAGCAGGACAGAGAGGGACUGGAAGAUUGACACAGUUUUGUGGCCCUUGAUCCCCAGGUACAAUGUGUCUCCUGGCAGUUCAGCCCACACCAAUCUUACUCUUCCCAUUAAAAAGGAUGGUCUUUGAACUCCAUACCGAGUGUUGCUGCCCCCAGGAAUGGUUACAUUUGCUGAGCAGCAGAGAGGAAGAGGAGGAGGAAGUGAAUGGCUCAAGGUGCACAUCAGUGAAAGACCCAGGUGGAAGCUCGUGUGUACUCUGGUUUUGUUCUGUGCUGCUUCUUCACUCCUUACGCUACAUGGCAAGCAUGGAUCAGUACAGGCGGAUGAACUGUGUCCAGCACUCUGUGUUGAAUACCACUAGGGAGUGUUUUGUUUACAGAUCUUGUUCACUGUUGACUGUGCUUGUCUUCUUGGCCGACCUUCAUGCAAAGAUUCACUGUGUAACUGGUUUUGGUAGGACAAGUUUGUCCACCCCUUUUUUCCUUGCUGCUUCGCUUUCUGCUUCAUGCGCAAAAGGAAAGCUGGCUUGUCCUCUGGCCCUUACCUUCUUACUGGUAGGAAUUCUCCAAAUGGAGAGACCCUUGCAGCAGCCUGGUGCCUGUCAAUGUUGGCUGAACUCACGGGUGGAUUGUCUUUGAGGAGCAGGAGAAAUUAGUCAUACCACUGCGAUUCAAACUGAAAGUAGGCACAGUUGGUCAUAGGUGCUGCUUUGAGAACUUUUGUACAUAGGUUAGAGUGUGAGUGUGUUGUCUUUCUGUCAGCCAGCCUGGUUCGAAAAUGAUGCUGCUACACACCACCACAGUGCUUCUGUACAGGAGCUUAACAGGAUGUUUACUUGCAGGGAUGGAAAGACCUAUAUAAACAUCAAUGUGAUGUAAAAUAGCUGCUCACAAGGAAGAAAAACAUAAGCUGGGAAUUCACCCUGCUUCUUAGAUGAAACGCAGGAAGAAUAAAUAAUGCUGUGGUCCUGGCUAGGCAGGUGGAACAUGGCAUCUAGGCACUGUGGUGGGACAUAGCUUUCAGGACUUCACAGCCCACCUUGAUUUCAGGGGGAACUAUGGAAGCUUUCAGUCCACUGGAAAAUAAGGCCCUCAGCAGUCAGUUGCAUUUAGGGCAGAGAGAAACAUGAUCCUUUCAAUCCUAGCACAGCAAAGAUCACUUACAUCAAAAUAUUUUGCUUUCUUCUGUUCCAGUUUCGGGUGAUUCAAACCAGGCAGGUUUCCUCAGCUAGGUGUGUGAAUUCAUAUUAAUUGCUUUGGCAAAAGCUGAAGAAUGCAAGUUAUUCCUCACUAAAGAUCAGAUCAAAAGCUUAUUGACUUCAUUCUUUCUUGAGGAGGGUGUUGAAAGAGCUCUUAUUAACUAAGUAUAUUUCCUGCUGCAAAGAUAACCUUAGUCAUCCAGACCAGGGUCCCACUGUAUCUGUAUCCAGAUACAGGGUCCUACUACAGACCUUUACCCUCAGUGUGAUCAUGCUUUUAAUUCAGGACGGCUGCUUGCAUAGUGAUAUCAGAUAGCUCAGUUCCUUAGCCAUCCUUAGCCAUUAACCCACCAUCCCUGCACUGAAGGGCACGUACCAUCUGACAUUCCUUUCUCCCACACAGUGCUCAAAAAGGCACAGUGCCUACAGUUAAAUUCAGUGAGGUAGCUCUGAAGCACUGAGGACUGCAGGAUGCGUCCCCAAAGUGCCUGACCCCUGGUGAGAAGGGAAGUUCCAAGGCUGAUGUGCGGUGUGGCUGCUCCUUGAAGGCAAGCCUGGGGUAGACGUGGCAAUAAUCUUGUCCUGGAGGUGCUGGGAAGCUCCCAACCCUUCCAGCACUUUGAACAGUUCUUCUGUUCUGUUGUGUUCCCUACCAAAAGGGGAGGAGCAGCUACACAUAGGGAGGGUGUGGUUUUGCAAAAACUAGAUUUUUAUGGAUGCCAGGGGCAGUACAGUCCGCACUGACUUCAUUUUAUGGUCAUGGUGCAUGUGACUGAAUCCAUAAUCAAAUUUGCAGGCUUAUCUCAAAUGUAGGGUGGAAAUGAAUGGAUGCUUAUGCUGCUGAAGGAGCUAUAUUUAAGGAGCUAUAUUCAAGUUCCAGUAUUCAAAACAGGCAAAGCACAAGAAUUAACUGUUCCCAGUGUUUUCAAACUGAGAAAGAUGUUAUUCUCCCCAUCGUUAGUAGCCAAUAUCUUAAUUGCACAGAGUCCACUGGAUGGUAUGAAGCAAGGCCUUGGCCCUGCUAUGCUCUGGGGCCCUUCAAAGAGGACAUUAUUGGGGUCAUUCCCAUGAGGGUGAGCUGCCUCUUUCACCCAACACCAGCUCUGGUUGUGAGAGUGCCUAGGACAGAAGGGGCUGCCUCUAUCAUGGGACAGAUGAAAGCUUAUGAAAGCUUUGUCUCUGUUACAAAUGAAAGGGGAAGCUGGGACUUGGUGCUGGAUCUAAAUCCAGAGCACAUAGAUGAGCACUGGGAUUUGUCUGUGUUUGCUGAAGCAGCCUAACAAAAACAUAAGCAAAUUCCAGCAAUGAUGGUAGGAUUCAACUGCAUGACACUCAGACAGGAAAGAGUGUGGAGCUUUGCUUACACCUGCUGUGAUUAAUUGCUUGUUUAGUUUGAAGGCUGUGAAAUGUUCCUUUGUGUGCCAGGUGAGAAGAACAAAGUGUGAAAUACCAAAGGACAAAUGCAGAUCGAUUCUUCUACAUAAGGAGUAACAUAUGGGUUAUGUGAGCAAAACUCCAAUCUGUGUCAUUUUACUGCAAAUUGCAGAUUGUCAGUGAUUUGAGUGGGAAAUGUGAUACGAUUAUUCCUAACUGAGAUUACAGAAUUCAUUUUUUUUAAUGACCUUUCAAAUUCUUCUUAGUGCAAUGAAAGGGUCUCAAGAAAGUCAGCAGGGUUUUCUGAGUGAGGACUGCAAAACCUGGCUUUUUUCCAAGAGAACAAACUUUAUUGCACUGAAAUUCUCUCUCUGCCAGAGCAAGUAAAUGUUGGGGUAAUUAUUAUGAGAUUAAUCUGUUGCAGCUUCAAAUGAUCCAAUGCACAGCCCACAGGAGGAAGGAAAGGGUCUCUCCUGACCUGCCAGCACCUUCCAUGGGUGCCCCAGGAGGACAGGAUUGAGGCAGGUGCCAACCCUGAGGUCAGUGCAGGCACUUACACUUACUGUGCAGGAUAAGUUGUGGCAGUGCUUUUGGGUUUUGUUGAUCCUGCUGGAUAUGAGUCUCCAUGUGGAAUAUCACUCCCCGAAGCCCACUUUCAAAUGCGGGUGCCCCUGCGUUUAGCACCUAACUCCUCCUAGGAUGCCUAAGCAAAUGCAACUCAGGCUGUUUAGAUUGCUUUUAGCUUGCCCAGAUUGCAGAUUUUGAGCAUACUGGGUGCCUCCGCCAAGGGGAAUCACUCUGCUAUCCAGGAGGACAAGAUGGAAAUAGCAGGUUUCAUGCAAGGAGACUGCAAGUGGCUCAGCUGGGUGUGGGGAAAGGAGGGAAAACCACACCGACAUGACAGGGAAUCUGUUUGUGCUUCUGGCUGCUGUGUAGAGCCAGGUGAGCUGUCAGCAAGGGCCCACAGGUGGUGUGUGUGGGAGUCUUUGGGGGAAAAAAAGUGCUAAUUCAGCUGACGACAGGAAAGGAUGUAGGAAGCAUGUGUUUGAUGCUGUGGUGCUCUACCACUUCUACUGACAAAAGCCCCUCACUCAUAGAAAUGCCCCCCCAGCAGUCAGCCUGGGAGAGUGGGUCAGAGUGAACAGAGCAGAACAAGGCAGAUUGGAGGGGUCAGUGUAAAGGGAUGCUGCAGCCUUCCUGCAUCCCUGUCCUGCUCCCUGCUCAUCAUGGCCGGCCCUCCCACGCUGCACUGGAUAACCAGGGGUCUUUUGCACGCCACUGAAACCUCAAAGCACUGAAUUUGGCUGUAUGAGGAACAUGGGGAUGGGGAUAUUUGUAUGUCUUUUGCCCUCUGUGUUUAUAGCACUACGUAAAAGAACAGCAAUGAAUCUUGUUUCCAUUGCAGCAUAUCCCAGAAAGUUCCCCUGUUGCGGUCAUUUACAGAGACACUAAAAGUGUUUUGCCUUCACUGUGAGCAACAGAAGAAGAAGAAAAAAAAAACCCAACCCUUUCUAAAAAUAGCAAUGAAAUGAAUUUAGUGAGAGGUGUUGCGAUUGCAAAACGGUGCUGAUACUUACAAAGGUUGUUUGCUGAGGCUUGACAGAGCAGCAGCAUGAGUUUGGACACUGAUGUAGCCUUGUAAAGAAAGAGCUUUCCCAGGACGUGUCUCUAAUGCUGGUCAGUGGCCAUAUCUGUUCCAAAUCCAUCUGGACUUCUCAUUCCCUCAUAGCGGCGUUUAGUUUUUUUCCUUAAAUUAACAAGAACAGAUGCAUUUUACUUAAAUGUUCUUCCUAUGCUGACUAUUGUUUUUCCCCUCUUUACACAAAAGGACCCAACCCAGCAUCCACUCUGGUGACUGGGAAAACUCUCCCAUGCAUUGCAGUGGAGUAUUUUAGGCCUGAAUUAUUCCCUUGCCGGGGUCACUUGUGUGUACACCAUGCCUUCCUGCAGCUCUGUGUUCCGCCCAUUUCGGUGAUAUUGUUGCUGCCUUUCCACGUCGUAUUUAUUUUUCAUAUGUGUCCUUAUUACUGUAACAGAGCCUGUAUUAUGUAAGAUUGAACAAACAGAUUGUUCAAGAUCUGAAAUGCCUUCCUGAGAAGAGAAUGUAUGUGAAUUACAUGUUCAGCCGACCUGUUUCCCCUAGUGUAAGAUCUCCAGGGAUGUAGAGGUGAUUCGUGCACUCACAGUUAGGAACUACCUGUCAGUUCACAUAUUUGUGCUUUCAGAAAUGAAACAAGAUCUCCCGGUUUUGAAAGGGUUCUGUGCUGUAAGGUCAUGUGCGAGAUAACACCUCUCCUGCGCGGUUUGUGUUUUGUGUGAUAAUAUCCUUGUUGAUGGAAAACUGAGAGAGGGUGCCUGACGUUCUUCAGAAGUCAUGUGUGAGUGCUGAGUCCAUUGGUCUUCAUUCUGGUAAAAUGCUGGAAGGGAUGGGAGUCUUGCUUGGGUAGUACCACAGCAAGUGGCCCCAAAUCUGCACAGCCCCACAUGGAAAAGGCCUGGGGAAUCUGGUAAAAAGUGGUCAGUUUUCUUGAGCAGUGCCACAAAAUUUGCCUGACGUGUCUGUUACAGAAACCAUCAGUACGGAUAACUUACUUUAAGGACAGAAAACAACCACCACAAGACAGAAUAAGCGUGUAAUUCUUCCUACUAAACUCAAUCACUUGUUUUAAGCCCCGUUACAUUCUGCAGGAUGUUCUCCUGCAGAAACCAAAAUUUUAUAUGUAAAGUCACCACAGUUUCUUUAACAGCAUUCAGAACCGUGGUAGUAAUGCUCACCUUUAGUGAGGUCUCUUUCAAAAGCUGAAUUUUAAGCAUUUAUUUGUGCUUCCUCAGUCAGCCUGCUUCAUGUUCUUCCCAUCGUCGUGCUUCCUUCUCUGUAGCUCUGAAUGUUCGCUUCCAAGUUGCUGGGGUUCUAAGGACAUUCUCCAAACCAGUGUUAUUUAAAGUUGUAUCAUAUUUUCUGCCUCUACUAAUUAUACAGUACUGUAGUAGCAAAAUAUAAUUUUUAAGGAUUGGAUUAUUUUUAUACCUGCAUCCAAUAUUAUUAAAUCUGGCGUUCUAGUCAGUAUUAUAAAAAGAUACAAUAAAACUAUGAAUAUUA